AUGGUUGUACUUUACAAGCCUAAAGCUGUAUUACUGCAUAAAGAAUUGGAGAGGACAUUGAUGCAACCUAGUGGAGACUUUAGUCCAGAUAUACCUAUAGCUGAACAAGCAACCUGUUUACCCUAUGAUGCAAAAUGGGAGUUUCCGAAAAAGAGGCUCAGACUAGGAAUGGUAUUAGGUCAAGGAAAUUUUGGUCGUGUCAUAAAGGCGGAAGCUAUUGGUAUAUUGGAAAAUGAAAUUGGUUCAACAGUUGCCGUAAAAACGGCUAAAGAUUGCACAGAUAAAGAACAAAUGAUUGCUCUGAUGUCAGAGCUCAAGAUAAUGAUACAUCUUGGUCAGCAUCUUAACAUUGUAAAUUUAUUGGGAGCCGUGACCAAUCAAAUUAGGCAUGGUGAAUUAAUGGUGAUAAUUGAAUACUGUCAUUUUGGAAAUCUUCGUAACUACUUGAUUAAAAAGAAAGAAACGUUUGAGGACCAAAUAGACGAUAAAAUACCAGAUAAUCUUACUAACAGACCUUUAGAGGAUACACAUUGUCCUCUUUUGACCACAAAGAAUCUCAUGUGCUGGACUUUCCAAGUUGCAAGAGGAAUGGAAUACUUGGCUUUCAAAAAGUACAUUCAUAGAGAUUUAGCAGCUAGGAAUAUUCUGUUAGCACAACAUAAUGUUGUGAAGAUCUGUGAUUUUGGACUUGCCAAAGACUGCUAUAAAAAUCCUGAGUAUCAUAAAAAGGGGGAUGGACCAGUUCCAGUGAAAUGGAUGGCAAUUGAGUCUUUGACACAUCAAAUCUACACCACUAAAAGUGACGUUUGGUCCUACGGUGUGUUUUUAUGGGAAAUAUUUUCUUUAGGCGGUACACCCUACCCUGGCAUUGAAAUCAACGAAAAAUUUAUCAAGUUACUAAAGGAUGGUUAUGUGAUGGAGAAACCAGAAUAUUCGUCAGAUGAAUUGUAUAAAGUCAUGAAAGCAACAUGGAGGACCGAACCAGACGAAAGACCAACUUUUACACAGUUAGCCUGUCAAAUGGGAGAUUUAUUAGAAGCUGACGUUAAACAGUAUUACUUGAAUUUAUAUACAUCCAAUUACCUUACGAUGGUGGAUGAAGACAAGGCAGAAGAUAUAUCGAGAAAAGGAGCGUGCGGAUAUGAUAGUAUUCUGAUAAUGAAAGGUGAACUGUCGCACUAUACAAAAAUGGAGCAAGUUCCACCUCAUCCGACUGAUCAGUCCAUUGAAGAUAUCGACUGUGACAAAAAGGAGAAUUCUAGUGCCGUCGAACUUCAAUCAUUGAGAGUAAAUGAAGAGAGUGAAAACAUCAUAUCACGUCAAGCAAGUACAAUUGAACAACGUCAUCAAUAUAUUAAUACUUCCUCAUACUGCCAAAGAAAUGAUGACACAGUUACUGAAAAUGCGAAUGCACAUGUCCCUGUUUCCACACUAAUGAGUAAGGAGAAGAUCGAUAUCUGAUAACAAAACGGGACCAGACGACGAAACGGGAAAUUUAUGAAUAGCAAAGAAAGAAAAAUUUUGUGAACAAAGGAGAUAACUCAUGGUCUAUGGAUUAAAAAGAAGUAAUUCAGGAGUGUCAUUAAAUCUCUUUUUUUAUACAAUUUUGUAAUAGUUUGUGAACACUAUCAUUGCUCAAUUUGUUCAUGACUUUAUAAAGUAUGAUAAUACACUAAUGUAAGCAGCAGACAAAGGAGUAGGUCCAGUAAGACCCCUUUUUGGCCAAAAAUAUAGCGGUUUUACAACAUUAUUAAAAUGUAAACUUUUAUUUAUAGGUAAGUAAAUUGCUUCUGCUACAUAAAUAUGGGCUGUUUUUGACAACAAAAUGCACGUAUAUCGUGUACUAGUAUCAUUAAGUCAUGCAAAUUGACUGAAAUCGUCACAAUUUUCGCAUUUUAGUUAAAUUCUAGACAGUUUCCGUCUAAAUGAAAGUGGCCGCAUUUGUGUUCAUUCUUAAUAUUGAAUUGUAAGUUGUAUUCAAUAAUAAUACAUAACAUAUAUAAAGGUUGAGGGUGAACACGGAUGCGGCAACUUUCAUUUUGGACAAAAACCAUCCACAUCUGACAUUUUGUGGCAUAGUUGAUAAAUUUUUGUCCCCGAGGAUAUCAUAUGCCCAGUAGUCAACACGUCGAUGUUGACAUGAAAAUCAAUACUGUUGUCAUUUUUAUAAAUUUCCUGUUUACAAAACUUGGAAUUUUUCGACAAAAUGAGGAUUUUCUUAUCCUGAUCAUAGAUUACCUUAGCCGUAUUUGGCACAACGUUUUGGAAUUUUGGAUCCUUAACGUUCUCCAAAUGUUUACUUGUUUGGCUUUAUAAAUAUUUCGAUAUAAGCGUCACUGAUGAGUCUUAUGUAGAUAAAACCCACUUCUGGCGUACUAAAUUAUAGUCCUGGUACCUUUGAUAACUAUUUUAUAGUUAAGAUUGAAUCGGAGCGUUUUUCAUGACUAAACCAGAUAAAAAUCUUUCACAUGAACUAAUUGAAUCAACUGAAAUAGACACGUGAGGAAUUAAAAAGUAUCAAAUUUUUUUCGUUAGAUGAACCUGAUAUUUGAGGCCAAAACCGGCAUUUCCGAACCAACUCAUUUAAAAGCAAAAUAAUUCAUAAACAUGAAAAGAUUGAAUUGUUUUUUUAUGUAAAUAGCUACCUUUGUUUAGAGCGGCACUUAUGAGUUUUAUGUAGACGAAACUCUCGUCUGGCGAAAUACACUAGUUCAAUCCUGGUAUCUAUGAUGAGUUACGUAACCCAAGAAUUCAAUUGUCCAUGUGAACUUUGGCAACGAAAACACAGUUUUUCCUCAAUCCACAAAUAUAAAUGAAUCCACAGUCUUUCAUUUCCCGUACAUAUCUCCUGUAAUUAUACUUCACGUUAUAAUGCCAUAUUUUGAUUGGCUUAUACGUGGAUGUUAAUUUACUCUAUCACAUGGCUGAGCGGAUAACAAUUUGUUUAAUGUCACCCUCUCGGCUAGAACAAUCAAAAAUCAAUAAUGUAAAGGACAACAAACUGAAUUUUCAUCAAUUUAUGAAAGAAAUGUCAAAGUUCUACAUUAAGGCUAAGAUUCUAUUAUUUGACUGUCUAAAUAAAAAAAAACAUCUUGCUUCACUUCUGUUGAUUUUUAUAUUACCUAACGUUGUUAUGUAUGGGACAUCCUAAUAUUACUUUAAAAUACAACUCAUCUGUAAAAGGCAAUAAUGAUUAGAUAUGCAAGAUAAUAAAUUGAUAACACAUAGCUGAGAGAGUGAUAAAGCGAUUAGUACUCUUUGAAAAAGCAUUGUCAACCCUGCUUUGCCGCAGUUGACAAUGUUUUCUCUAAGUAACAAUCUGCUAUAUCACCCGCUCAACUAUCUGUUAUUUAUAUAGUGUUAAACAGUGCAAACCAAAUUAUGAUUAAUCAUCAAAUUUACCAAUGUUAACAAUUAUAGUUUGGGAACAAAUUUAAACUCUCGUUUUGAAUUUUGUAUAUAAUUAACUAAUUAGUUUUGUAAGAAAAGUGUCAACUCUGUAUUAUAAAAUGUACAGUGUAUAUGUAUUAGAUUAAAACUUCUUGAAACUUCAAGUAAGUGUACCAUAGCAUAAUUUAGAACAAUUUUUAAUGUUACGGUGAUAUGUUUUUAGUAUGUCAUUAAGAAAAAUGAAUGGAAUUUUUAUGUAAUAGCCAUUGUGAUGACCGUAAGGCCCACGAACAGGUGUCAGGGGAAUACACAAUAGAAACUGAAUACAAUAUUAAUUUAAAGAGCAUGUCAGUAGAUUUACACUUCUCAAUUCUUUCUUGCAGGUGAAAACGUUAUUCCGUUUAUAUUUUUUGAGAUUUUUCCUGAUCUAUUCAAUAUAAAAGACUUUAUUUUAUUAAUAUGAUACGAAUGAUAAAACAAAAUAUACAUGUAAAAUGAAAAUAUAUCCCGAAAAAGUGUGAUUGAAGUAAUAUAUUAUGGAAUAGUGUGAUAAAAGUAAUAUAUUAUAAAAUAGUGUGAUUAAAGUAAUAUAUUAUGAAUUUCGUCCAUGAUUAGCGAA